UACGCUAAAAGUACCGCUCUCUGGAAGUUGAUAACGGUAGGUUCUAGUUUAUUUGACGUCGGUAGUAAUCAUUCGAGGGGCCGAUCCCUAUACAUCUUGACAUCGUAGAUUGACAGAACCGCUAAGAUGGCUGAUAUUAAAGACACUCCGCCUUUAUUUGAUACUAAUGAAACAAAAAGCGAUGAUUUGGAGGAUGAUGACGACGAUGUUUUUGCCUCUGCAGUACAGGAUCAAAGUCAAUUGGAAGAUUCACCCCCUUACAAUGGUGUAUCUACGCUACAAGCAGAGUUACCAAAAUUAACCUUAAGAGACGCAAUGGAAGAAAAUUCAUUUUCUUCUGUAUCAAGUCCACCACCUGGUCCACUAAGUCCUCCAUUAGGUCCUAUGAGCAGUGAUAUUGGAGAUUUGCAUGAUGUUCCGAUAAAUGACAAUGCAGAUAUAUUAUCAACAAAUGUUAUUAAAUCUCAAUCAUUCGAAGAGGUAUCAGCUGAUUCAACUGAUGUUUUUCUCAAAAUCACAGUCACUUCGCCUCAAAAGAUAGGCGAUGGUAUGGGUGCUUAUAUGGCCUAUAAAGUCGAAACUAAAACCAACAUGCCAAUAUUUAGAAAACGCAAUUUUAGUGUAACUAGAAGAUUUAGCGAUUUUCUUGGUCUUCAUGAUAAAUUAACUGAUAAAUAUCUUAGAAAUGGUAGAAUUAUUCCACCAGCACCAGAGAAAAGUGUUAUUGGUACAACAAAAAUAAAAAUGUCUGGUGACAAAAAUCAAGAACAAAACUCAAGUUCUACAGAGUUCAUUGAACGUCGUAGAGCUGCUCUUGAAAGAUAUUUAAACAGAACUGCUGCACAUCCAGUUUUGAGCGUAGAUCCUGAUUUUAGAGAAUUUUUAGAAGCUGACAUGGAAUUACCUAAAGCAACGAAUACAUCUGCUUUGAGUGGUGCUGGAGUAAUGAGACUCUUUAAUAAAGUUGGAGAAACUGUUAAUAAAAUAACGUAUAAAAUGGAUGAAAGUGAUACGUGGUUUGAAGAAAAAACUUCACAAAUUGAAUCUCUUGAUAAUCAAUUACGUGCUUUACACUCUGCUGUUGAUACCUUAACUAAUCAAAGGAGGGAACUUGCAAAUUGUACAGGGGCAACUGCAAGAUCAAUUGCAGUUCUUGGUCAUGGAGAGCCAGGAGCUUCUCUUGGUAGAGCAUUAGCACAAUUAGCUGAAACAUUGGAGAAAGUGGAAGUAAUUAGAAAAGCACAAAGCAAUAGUGAUCUUUAUCAAUUUGGAGAAAUGUUAAGAGAUUAUGUUGCACUUAUUGGUGCUAUUAAGGAUGUUUUUCACGAACGUGUUAAAGUUUUUCAAAAUUGGCAGCAUGCUCAAAUGAUGUUAAACAAAAAACGGGAACAAAAGGCUAGAUUAGAACAAUCUGGUAGAACUGAUAAAACAAGUCAAGCUACUACUGAAGUUGUCGAAUGGGAAGCUAAAGUAGAAAGAGGUCAGGAAGAAUUUGAUAAUAUUUCAAAGAUGAUAAAAAAAGAGGUUGAACGUUUCGAAUUGGUCAGAGUGGAAGAUUUUAAGAAACAAUUAAUUGAAUAUCUUGAAGCAAUGUUGCAACAUCAAAACCAACUGAUCAAAUAUUGGGAGAGUUUUCUACCUGAGGCACGAGCAGUCGCAUGAACAUUCCUCAAUUAACAAUAUAUAAUACUUUUUUUAUUAUGUAUAGAUAUAUGAAAACUUUAUGAUGAAUAAGAUUUGUUUGCCUUACCUAUACUGUUUGCAUUUGUAUAUAAAAAAAAAGAAAAGAUAAAGAAAAACAAAUUAUCGACUGAUUAGAAAAACACUUUACCGUGAACUAGUUAAAAAUCGAUAUA